AGUAUUGUCCCAUAUGACUGUCCGUAGCUGUCCUCCCCGCAAUAUCUUCCGGAGAAACACAACAUUGCAAGGAAGGCGGAGUACAACGACGCAUUAGCUGUACGUAGUCGUAAUUUAGACAAUUUUUUUCUGUGUUUGUUAUUUUACUUGGGCACACAGCUCGCCCCUCUCCAUGCUAUUGUGCCGAGUAUCGGUUUUAGGCCAAACGCUAGCGAGAUGUGGACGGAGGUCACACCGGGGAGGCGGCCUCCUCCACCGUGCUCUCUCCUUCAGCUCCAGCCGCUGUCAAGGUGUCGGUUCAGGGGAAAGCAGCGCUCAGCCCGCAGAGACAGCCACCGCACAGGGACUGUACCGGGAUACUGUCCUCCUUCCCCGGACUGAUUUCCCCAUGAAACUUAGUGGACAGAAAUUACUGGACAGAGAACUCGAGAUACAAAAGGUACUGUGAUGGGUAGACUCCUAUGAUUACCCACCCAGGAAAUGUCGAGUUUACGUUUUUCUGUUUAUUGACAGCUUAAAUUAUGUUGCUGCUCAUGACCCAAGACUUAUUCUUCUUGUAGAUAAACUCGUGCCGUAAUUCGGCAUACAUUUUGAUGCUUUUAAAACCAGUUUUUCCCCCAAACCUCCUCAUUUGAGGCACAUGCUCUUAAGCUGUCGGUUUUGUCAUAGCUUUGAUUACACAUAAGAACAUGAUUUACAGCCCUUCAGAUUUACUUGUAUGUGCACAAUAAACAAAAACUAUAAAUGUUUCCUACUUUUGCAGGAGUGCGGUUUUGCAGAUUUGUACUCAUGGCAGAGAGUAAGAAAGGCCAAGAAGGAAUUCUGUCUUCAUGAUGGACCCCCGUAUGCUAAUGGAGAUCCUCAUGUGGGUCAUGCACUGAACAAGGUGAUCAGUUCACACUGUGCUCAUAAUAUUUUAGGUACUUCUUGCUUGUGUAUUGCACUAUAAUACCCAGUCAAUGACAAUUUCACGCAUUUUCAUCUUGUUUAAUCCAGAUCCUGAAAGAUAUGCGAAACCGCUUUGAGAUCCUGAGGGGGCGGCAGGUUCACUACAUCCCAGGCUGGGACUGCCACGGCCUGCCCAUCGAGCUGAAGGCUCUGGGGGAGUUAGGAACUGGCAGCCUGACUCCGCUGCAGAUCAGAGAGAAAGGUAAAAACAGGGCAUAGAGUAAGAUAACAUUUAGGGCCUUAUGGAGUUACAGCUUCUGUAAUUUGCUGUUGUCAACCCAUCCAGCACGGGCAUUUGCAGAGGGGGCCAUAGCUUGCCAAAAGGCCGCUUUCCAGCGCUGGGGGGUUGUGGCUGACUGGGACCAGUGCUACUACACCUUUGAUGGGGCCUAUGAGGCUGCUCAGCUGAAAGUUUUCCAGGAGAUGCACGGCAAGGUGAACUUUGCUCUGCUUUCUAUGACUGGUGUAGAGCUGUCAACAAUUAUCUAAAGUUUGGCGAUAAAACAUCAUCUGCGAUGAAUCACAGUUAAUUUUCUGUUGCUUAUGAUAAGAAACUUUGUAUAUAUUUUUUUACUCUUUGGACUGAUCAAAUAGCCUAAUACAGAAGAGAAACGUGUCUUGAAGUACAUGUCACAGAAUGUUUGAACUACAGGACAAGGGCAUACAAAACAGGCAUUGCUCGAUAGUGGAAAUCACUGCAUGGGCUCAAAAUCUGUGAACACAGUAGGUUGCUGCAUCUCCAAAUGCAUGUAAAGCUUGAAAACACCAUGUAUGAACAUGAUCCAGAAACACUGGGACUCCUCUUGGCCCAAGUAAAUUUGAGUUGGACCAAGGCAAAGUGGGAAACUUCCCUGUGGUCUGAUGGAUCAAAAUUUGACACUCUUUUUGGAAAUCAUGGAUGUUGUGUCCUUCCAUCUUAAUAUUAGAGGGACCACUCAGCUUGAUAUUUUCACAUAGUUCUGAAGCCAGCAUCCUUGAUGGUAUGGGGAUCAUCAGAGUCCAUGUCAUGGGUAGCUUCCACAUCUGCAAAAGCACCAUUAUAGCUGAACAUUAUAUACAGGUUUCAAAGGAACACAUAUUGCCAUCUAGACAAAGCCUGGCCUUGUGAAUGGCAAAUAUUUUGGGCAACAUAAACUUACAACAAGCUUAGCUGUGACUUGGCUUGCAGCCCAUUCUGACUUCCUCUUCAUGGUAAAGAGUUUUUUUGAUCGAGGAACUGCUUUUUCUUUUUUUCAUUUUAAUUCUCUGCUAUUUAAUCUGUAUUGUGAAAAAAAUAGUUAUAAAUCCUUCAAAAUGGUCGAUAGACAACUCCAACUAUUCCAGUAUUAUAUAUUACGAUAGACUGCUUCAACCAAACAGGAGAAAACAGUGAUUUUACAGUAUCACACAGCCCCAUUGGAGAGUUAAAUAGUCAUAUGAGUAGUGAUUGUUAAAGGGGUGGGUGUGAAACUGAAUUUUGUGUCUCAGUUUUCUGUGUCUUCUUAUUUCUUUGUGCUCUUCUUCUGCAGGGACUCAUCUAUCAGGACUACAAGCCAGUCUUCUGGUCACCUUCAUCAAGGUGCUGACUUGAUGUGCUUUUUGCAGAGUUUGUUGCAUCAGGGCCUCUGCGGUCUCUCACAAUCCACUUAAUUUAUCUGUAAUUAGAAAAGAAAAAAUCUCAAAUUCUGUCUGUUUCUGUACAGAACAGCUCUAGCCGAGGCAGAAUUGGAGUACAACCCUGAGCAUGUGAGCAGAGCCAUCUACGCCACAUUCCCCCUGAGCACGCUGCCUCCUAAGAUCACCUCAGAAGCAGGUAAUACAAAGACACUUAUAUACUCGCUAUUCAGACCUAAACCUCUUACUGUUGAAGACAACUAUUUACAAAGUUUGUGUGCAUGUGUGUUCCUCAGCUGGUCUGGAAAAUAUUUCUGUGUUGGUGUGGACUACCCAACCGUGGACCAUCCCUGCAAAUGAGGCUGUCUGCUUUAUGCCUAAUGCACAGUGAGUUAAAGCCAGAUUACAGAUAUUUCAUUAGAAAGUCUGAGCUCUCUGCUUACACUGCCAAUCUCUCAGCUACUGCAGUUUUAGUUUGCAGAAUUAGCUUCUUUUUUGUCUUGUUUGUGGAGCUGAACUUGUCUCGACUAUCUGUUUCUCACAUCUUUGGCAUGUAUUCAUGUAGUUUUUGGACAAAUCAGGUCAGAUAUUUUAGAUGAUUUUCUUGUUUGUUUUCACGUUGCUUGUAGUUUGGAUACAGUUGUAAACUCACUUCGGUCAUUCCUGACAUACAGAAGAUUUCUUGGAGCAAACAAACACUGAAAUAUCCCACAGUUACUCUGAGCUUUGUUGUGUGUUUCCAGAUAUUCUCUGGUGAAGCGAGCGGACAACUCCCAGCUGCUCUUUAUGGCCACUGAGCGCACAGCCAGCCUGGCAGCACUUCUGGGCACGGAGCUGGAGAGUGUGGACACCUUCACAGGUAAGAGAGAGGAAGAGAGCCCUGCAGGUUACUAUUUUGUGUAUCUAAGAGGGUUAUUUGCUUUCUUUUGGACAGCUAUCUUAGUUUUAGUCACAUUUUAGUUUUACUCUAGUGUUAGUUUACAAAAAGUGACCUGGGUUCAACCUCUCAUAUCCCGAAGUCCAAGACAUGCUCCUAGAUAGGCGUCAAACAGACAGUUUGCCACUCUUUCUGCUGCAUCCUCAUCUUCAAUAGUUACAGCUGAUCAGGACAAAGCAUUUUACGUAAUCUGCUUUUUGACGUAUCUCCAAACUGGGAUUAAAUGAAGUUCUAAGAUUGAGCUGUCAACUGUAAAAUUGACUUAAAGAAGGAAACGUCAUGUAUUACUCUGACGCCGCCCUGGUGGCUGAUUGUGUCUUUAUAAACAUCUGUCAAAAAUGAGGGAGAAGUGGAGGCAGAGAAGGUUAGUAACUCAGACUGUUACAGAAGUGUGUCGCUUGUAUUUUAGGUGACUGACAAGGUACCCCUGGGGUAAAAUAUGCAAAAAUGACUCAAAUGUGACUGUGUGUUUCGUUACAAACAUCAACACUCAAAUGUCCCAUCUUUUCUUCAAAGGCUCCCAACUGGAGGGAGGGAUCUGCAAACAUCCCACAAUUCCUGACAAGGAAGUGCCGCUGUUACCAGCCAAUCACGUGACCAUGGGAAAAGGAACGGGAUUGGUCCACACAGCACCAGCUCACGGCAUGGACGAUUACAGUGUGGCUUCACAGUUUAAGCUCUCUGUGGUGAGAAAACAAAAGAACAGGAAUAUUUUUAUAUUAUAACUGAUUGUUUUAUUACUGAAACAAAGUAGUGUGAUAUGUCGUCUGUGUGUGUCUGACUGAGUAUGUGUUUCUUCUGCUAAAGGAGUGUAUGGUAGAUGAGGACGGAAAGUUCACUGAGCUGGCAGGUCCAGAGCUGCAGAAUCUGCGUGUGAUGACGGAGGGCACAGACAAAGGUACAGCAUGAUACUUGAAGUGUUUUUCUCUGUCUUUGCAGAUAAGUAAGCAGUCUGUAACUUUGUCUUCUUCAUGUCUGUUGAACAUCUUGCAUUGGUCAGUGAUCUCCAUGCUGAAGGAAUGCGGGGCUCUGUUGAAGGAGGAGCAGUGUGUCCACAGUUACCCGUACGACUGGAGGACCAAACAGCCUGUCGUCAUCAGACCCAGCAAACAGUGGUUCAUUAACACAGCCUCACUGAAAGACAAGGCCAAGGUAGAGCUGGAGGACAUUUAUCAUCACAUGAAUCAUGAGAGUUCUCCUCCUGGUGUGCAGAAAGUUCUGUUACUUUACUCUCUAAUGCAUCGUGUGUGUUUUUCCAGGAAGCGUUGCAGAAGGUGCGUGUUUUGCCCGAGUCAGCACGGAGCAGCCUGUUGUCCAUGUUGGACAGACGGACCUACUGGUGCAUUUCCAGACAGAGAAGCUGGGGUGUCCCGAUCCCGGUCUUCUAUCACAAAGAGACCGGAGAGGCUCUCAUUAACAAGUAGGCUGCAACACAACAGUCCUGCAGACAAGCAGGCCUGGGAACAUGCUUGGACUCAGUAAAAGUGAUAUGCAUCAGAUUGUAAGAGAUACUCAACCUGCUGUGUGAGAAACUGAACAUCCUGCUUGUCUCUGCAGGCACACAGUGUCCCAUAUCGCAAAGCUCUUCAAAGAAAGUGGAAGCGAUUGCUGGUGGGAACUUCCUAUUGAGACUCUGCUUCCAGCAGAUGUGCUGAAAAAGGUCAGUUUAAUGUCAUAGGUACAGUCGCAGAAGAUGCUCUGACAGAAUUUCAUCCAUGGAGACAAAUGAACCAUAUCAGCAUGUGUCUGAAACAUGACAGAUAUCCACAUUUUUUCACAUACGAUCCAAUCUUGAUUCCUGAAUUUUGAUAUCUGCAGAUACCGAUACUAUUCUGAUACCAGCGCUCCCUUAGCUUUACCAUCAUUAUAAUCAUUAUUGUUUAUUUUAUAUGAGGCUGGAAUAAACUCCUCUCUACAGGCAAGUACACUACAGGCCAAAAGUUUGGAAGCAAGAUCAGAUUUGUACAAAAAAAGAUCAUAGUUUCAUAUAUAUAAUUUGCAACACAAUAAACAUGACUAUUGUGUAAAGAGUAACUUAUCAGAAGACGUUUAAGACUUUAAUUAUUAGGUAUUUGAGUUUAUUGUUGCUUAGACUUUGCUUUCUUUAAAGUAACCUCCUCUGGCUUUAACAGCUUGACAUAUACCAGGCAUUCGUUCCACAAGUUUAUUAAGUGGGAAUCACGUGACCCAUGGGAAUUCCCGAAAAAUGUCAUCCUCUAGUUUGAAUGCAGUUGAGAUUUAUUAGGAUUUUUGUAUGCAGACUCUCAAAAGCCAAAAAGUUGAAUUGAAUGAUCCAACUGUGAUUUGUUUUUUUGCUUUUGCACUGAAGUUGUGACUCUUGCAAAUGUUUUCAACCCCAAAACUAAGCCCUUAGUAUCUUCCCUAUUAUCCCUAUUAUCUGACAUAUAUCAAGAAUCAUUUGUACAGUAAUUUUAGACAAAGUUAAAACAAAGACAUGACUUAUGGAUUGGAAAUUUUCGCAGGUUGGAUCGGAAAUUUCCAAACCAUGAAUUGCAUUGUUAUCGGAACCCGAUACCGAUACUGAAUCGGAAUCAGCUCCAUGACAGACAAAAAUCAGCAUUUAGGGAGAUACAGACUUUGAAUCACACUGCUCAGUGCCUCCAGACUCCAUGGACGAAGUCAGCGUUGUGUCCUUGCAGAGACAGAAAUUACUGCAAAACACCGUACUUCUUCAGGGUGGAUUAUCUGUGUCAGCCUUUUGUUUUGGAGGUGGCUGUUUAAAAAGUGGCUCUGCUGCCAGUGCGUCUUUCCCUCUGACUUUGUUUCUUUGUUUGUGUCUCUAUCAGAGUAAAGCAGGUCCAGUGACUGACUACGUUUGUGGGCAAGACGUUUUGGACAUCUGGUUUGACAGCGGGGCAUCCUGGGCAGCUGUACUAGAAGGUACCCCUGUAAUAUUUUCACUCCUCUCUUUGUUUUGCAGAUUUGGAAGAAUUCAAACAUAUUUAGCUGUUUUGGUGUUAAGAAGAAUCUGAAGCUGGAGGUUAAAAUGGAUGUAAAAUCACAGAUGUUCAUACAGUCUGAGGAGUAGCAGUUGGUUUUCCAGCUUCUGCAGUGCUUUUAAUAACUUCAUUACUUUUACUGUGAGGAGCUGAGAAAGCUCCUUACACUUGUUUGAUGUAGCUCAUGAAUUAAGUUUCUCCAUUAAGGGACUGUAAGCACAAACAAAUCUGGAUUAGGUGGUGCAGUCACAGCAGACUGGGGUCACCUUGUUAGGUUUCUGCAGCUCAGCAGAAAUAGACAUGCAGUCUGUCAAUUCCCCAUCAAAAACAUCCAUGAGGACUGUAAUAUAGUAGCUGAUCUUUGAUAUUUACAACAGUGUGACAAUUUGGGGCGGUUUGGUUUGAAGAAGAUUUUAUUUUUUUUUUUUACAGAUUUUUUUUCAAGACUUAAAAAAAAAAGGUUUCAUGAAAGUUACUGUGACGAAUUUUAAGCAGGUGUUCAAACAGGUUGAAAUCAACACUGAUGUGACUUCAUGAACCACAAAAGCGAGAUUGUAUUUCUGUAUUUUAGAAAAAUGUGAAUGUUGCAGAGGGGAGGCGUCACAGGAAACACUUAAAGUUUCUGUAGGGAACUUUUAACUAGACUUUUAAAAGUAUCUCGCUUCUUUAGAUGUUUGUGUCACCUAAAACAGCAAAUGAGCCCAUUGGAGGGAAGAUAUUUCUAAAUAGUCUAACUCCUACUUUCAAGGUUCAUUGGUUGGGUCUGCCCACUGCCAAAACAAUUUACAGCAUGCAGGCUGGAAGUUACGGCACUUAUACAGGGACAUGAGAGGAGCAGUGAGUUGUUGCUAAGCUAGCCAGUGAAAACAGAGCAAAUAGCUACACAUGGCCGAUGAUGGGACGGGGUCCACAAGAAGAAAACAAAUUAGAGCAGAAGAACAAAAAAAAGCCAUAAGAGAAUGUGAUCAAGCGAGGGCAAAAACGAGGAUAAACAUUGGUUAUUCCUUCGCAAGGUGAAGAGAGUGGCGGGGCUUGAAGGGAUCCAAGUCGGAUCCUGCCCAAUUCCUCCUAGAUAGGUAACAUAAACUGUGUUUUUUUACACUGCUGGCUUAUUGAUAUGAAGAUAUAACAUUACAGAGGAAAGCUAGCUUUAUAAACUAAUCUGCGGAGUCAUCUAAUCUAAUCAUCGCCAGAACAAAGCCCUUGUAUGUGUCUUCACAACAGUAUGCGCAAGAGCUCAUGGGAAAUGCAGUCAUCAUUCCGACAAAACACUACUGCUUUUGUCCAUAGUGGCUGCCAAAUGCAACGGAAAAUGAAAACUCCAUUCAGCUGCUUUAACAGCAUGUUGAGGAAACAUCUUUUUUCAACAUGUCCAACAGCAAAUAUUCACACUAACUGUUACAUUUGACUGCUUCAAUGAUGAAGGGAGGAUGCCAUUUUUGCCAGACAUGCACAAUAAAGAGAGAAGUCAUAUCCUUUAUGUCCACAGGGGGCACCAAAAUCAAUACAAACGAAAAGUUCCUCAAAGGAGCUUUAAGUAGACUUAAUAUUGCAGCAAGAUGUGAAAAGUGUGAGCCAGAGUUUGUAGGUUUAUGUUGACAAAGUAAUGAGCUCUGAGAGUGGAAUGAUAAAGUCUGGUCUAUAAUGUGUCCUCUGUUGUGUUUAUAACUGAACUAGGAUAAUAAAAGAUUGAGCAAGAAUACUUGAGCUCUUACUCUGUCAUUGUUAUAUCUGUUCAUUGGGUUUCUAAGAAAAACUUAUGGAGUCACUUUUGUCCUCUGUAAAACAUGUUUUAAAAAAGAGUGUGUGAUGGACUAAAAAUCAGUCAGCCAAUUAGGAUUAAGUCUAAAAGCAUGUAGAUCCAUAGCCAGUUUUUUUUUUUUUUUUUUUGUUAAAGUCUGGAGAAAGAGCGUCUGUUUCAUUGGAGAUGUGAUGUGUUAAAUUCUGACUCACAGUCUCAUUCAAAUGAUUCAUCAUUUCACUGUGGUCAUUUGGUGUUUGUCGUUGUCACUUCCAGAGGAGACAGAGGAAGACUCUGAAGAGCCUGAGUCACAUCUCAGCUGGCUCCCUGCUUCACUUCGUAAACCUCUGGUCACAGGUUAAAAGAGAGAUCUCGCUGAGUCAGCAGUAUUGUCUUCUAACAAGUCUCUGGUCCUCUGUGUCUGUGUUUCAGAGGCUUUUACUCCUCUGUCUUAUCCCUCUCUUGCCUUCUCUGUUUCCUUCUUGGUCAUUUUGUAGUUUGUAUAGUGUAAUGGGUAUCUAACCUCUGCAAAUUAAUUUGAGACCAAGACUGUUUAAAUGUAAGAGGAGGAGUUAUUAUGAGAGCCAAACAUGAAUGACAGAGACUGCAUGACUAUCAGCCUUUUCUUCUCUGUCUCUGGAUGCAGGCUGCACUCUAAACACCUCUGAGAAAACCCUGCAGCAGUUUCCUCUUUUUCAGGAAUGGCCAAAAACCUUUACACCUCUCUGCUCUCUGUUCUGUCCCUGGUUUGGUUAUUGAAAAGCUUUUUCCCAAAUGUUAGGUGAAAACUGAAACAGUGACCAUAAAGAUGCUGCUUAGUCAUCUUCAGAACUUCUUCUAACACUGGCUGGUCUGUCUGUUUGAUAUUUCUUCUCCUCGGGACACACUAACAUUUUAAUUCACCUUUCAAUUCUGGCCUGAGUGAAAGAGUGAUCCUCUUUUCUCUGUUUCUCCCAGAGUCAGACUCCAGGGCAGAUGCCUACAUCGAAGGCAAGGACCAGAUUGGAGGCUGGUUUCAGUCCUCGCUGCUCACUAGUGUUGCUGUCAGGAACAAAGCUCCUUACAAGUAAGCUAAACCUGAGAUCUGUACAAUAGGGUUAGGCUCCACACCUGAUCAGGGUGAACUUGACUAUAUUUUGACUGUAUUUUUUAUGUUUUUUCGACAUGUAAAUGUAGGAUGAAACAUCUAAAAAACACAUUUGCACCUUAAAGUAUCUGUAAAAUGGUGUCAUUUUAUCUUUAUGACCUCUAAAUCCCAAACCAGACCGUUACAGGAAGAGUAUUGUUCCAUAAAAUCACCAUAUUGUUGCAAUACUAACGAUAAACCUGAAAAUAAAACAUGCUGUCAGCGAAAUUUUGGAAAAAUAGACACAACUCCUUAAAUUUACCGACAGAUACUAUGAACUUGUCAAAAUCCAUUUCUAAUGUUGUUCAAAUUGGGGAUUCAUUCACAUGAGCAAAGCUGUGACGGAGACUUCUUUUGAAAUGAUGCUUUUAUUUUGAAGUAUGCUGUCUUUGGUAGAUCAUAAGAUACAGGUACAGAAUAUAGAUAGUUAAAAGAACAAUUAAAUAUUUGUAGGGGUGUCCUGAUAUAACUUUUUUACUUUCUAUAUGAUACCGAUACUGUAGCCUUCAGUUUUGGCUGAUACCGAUAUUGAUCCGAUAUUAGCACAAACUUGUGCAUGACAAGUUUUGCAACUCAGCUGCAAGGUCUUUUUCAGACUUUGUUAGUAGCUUAGUACACGCUGUUGUUGUGAUCAUGUGGGUUCUGCAUGCUGCAUCCAGGCGCUGCUAGAUAAAGGUGCUGGAGCAGAGUCUGGAAUGGACUGCUUGUAUCGGAUUGCUGAUUUCGGAUAUUUUAGAUGCAGGCCAGUAUAAUCCGAUAUUUGGUUUUUUGCUCAUAUUGAACCAAUAUCCAAUAUUAAUAUCAGAUUGGGACAUCCCUGAAUAUAUGAUUGAUUAGUGACCUGAACAGGCACAAAUUCAAUUGUAGAUUUUAGAUUCAUAAUAGAUCUUUGAAUGUCAGUUUUAAGUGUUUUUCCCCUCUCAGAGAGCUGUUAGCAAGCUCACCAGCAGCUGCCCCAUAUCGUCUGUUUCUUUCAUGAUAAUUCCAGGCAAAACUUUGUAACGAGUUGCAGGUUUUAGAACUAAAAGGCAGCCGUGGAGAUUUGUCAUGAGGGAAUACGAAUGAGAAAAGAUAUGGAUGUGGGACUUUAUUCACAGGAGCCUAAAGAAAGUGCUUUAAGUCGAGUCUUUCUGCGAAACCUAUAUUUUGCGUCAUAAAAAUCAUAGAGAAUGUUGAACCGUAGCCUCACUUUAUACACCAGAAGGGGCUAAUGGUGUGUGGUUUUUGUGUUUAGGUCUCUGGUGGUCCACGGCUUCGCUGUUAGCGAGAAAGGAGAGAAGAUGUCCAAGUCUGUGGGAAACGUAGUCAAUCCUGAUGAAGUCAUAAAUGGAGGAAAGGUAAGAUGCCUCUGCACAAGGUGAAAGGUCUGAACAAAAAAUUUUAUAAAGUUUGGGGUCACUGAAAGAGGAUGGAUGAAUUUUAACUAAACCUGCAGUGGCAGAUACUCAGCUGAUAAGGUGAUAACAUUUUUAUGAUCUGAUUUCUAAACAUUUACUUAAACAUUCUUGAAAAGGUUGACUGAGGCUCCUCUUGAAUAAAGAAAACUGAAAUCCUAUCCUUUGGUCAAUUACUGUCAAAUGAAGUAUAUGCAGAUUAUUUUCAAAAGCUGCAUAUGUUGACUCAUAUGUUGUAAACAUAUUAUCACACAAGGUGUGUUACGGUGAGAAUUAACUUAUUAGCUGAACAUCGAGUAGCAUGAGAUAGCAUUAGCCAUAUUCACAGUAAACACUACACAUUAGUAUAGCAUCCAACUUGGACUGUAAAACAUCAUAAAACUCACUUCUGACACAAUAAAACACACACAAUAAACCCGGGAUGUACAGGUGAAUAAUAAGUAAAAACAGGUAAGAGGAAAUUCACAAACUAUCCACUGCUGCAUGAGGAGGAAAACUGAACUUUCACUGCUAAGGCAUCUCACACACAAGUGUGGUGCAGUUCCAUUGCAUCAGAGCAUGCAUUCACGAGCAUAGGUCAAAUAAUACCUAACUGUAAAACACAAUAUAACUGCACAGUAUUUACUUGAAAACGAAAGUGUUAAAUGUAUAUUUCAAAUAAGAAAUGUAAAAAUCAGACUUUUUUCUGCAAAUUUAGCUCAAUUAACACAUUAUGCAUUCAUUUAAAACAUUUUCCAGUGAAGAAACACAACUUUACAAUCUUUUACCCCUUUAGACGUCAUUCAUUUGUAUUUUGAUAUUAACAUUUCUCAAAACAGAUUGGCAAAAUUCAUCUGUAACCCUUUAAAGAAGCAUCUUAUAAACACGUCAUACCUCAGCACUCUUGUGUGGUUUGUCAUCUCUGCUGCUCCACACUUACUCUCCUGUCUGUGUUGUUUUCAGGACUCCGGUAUGCCAGCCUACGGUGCAGACGUGCUGCGUUGGUGGGUGGCAGAGUCAAACGUCUUCUCUGAGGUUCAAAUUGGACCCAGCUCUCUCAAUUCAGCCAGAGAGAGCAUCAACAAGGUGCCAGAAGCAGCAAAAACUCUGCAGAUGUCACUCACACUCUCUUAAUAUUAACACUUUCGUCUGUCCGUCUCUGCAGCUGAGGAACACGCUGAAGUUCCUGCUCGGUAACCUGCAGGGCUUCGAUCCUCGUGUUCAGGCUGUAGAUCCCAAAGAGAUGCACUACAUCGACCAGUACAUGUUGCACCUGCUGCGAGAAUUCAGCAUCAAGGUGUGUUGAGAUGUUAACACAGAUGCUGCUGACACACAGAGAUAGACUCAUGGUGCCUUUUUCCACAGUUUCUCCUUCAUUGAAUCAUUAUCAUACAGUUGAAGAAAACAGUUUGUGUGUGUGUGUGAUACACGUCUGUUUCCAGGUGACAGACGCCUACAGUGAGUUUGAUGCUGGCAGAGUAAUCCGGAUCCUCCAAGCCUUUAUAAGCAGAGACCUGUCCAGCUUCUACUUCAGCAUCAUCAAAGACAGGUGAAGACUUCCUCUGUGUUUUGUUUAGCUGUUACUGUGUUUUACUUCAGUUUGUUUAAACUCUCUCCCCUCCACCCUCCUUCCCCUCUCUGCUCAUCAUUUUCCCCUGGUUUGAUCAGACUGUAUUGUGAUCCCGAGGACUCUUUGGGCAGAAGAUCAUGUCAGACUGUUUUAGAGGAAGUCCUUGACGGAGUCACUCGGUCUGUCGCUCCCAUCCUCCCUCAUCUGGCUGAAGAAGUCUAUCUCCACGCACCGGGACACGAUGGUAUGUGGCUUUCAGUUUGUGUUAUCAGACUUUAAAGUUUGUUUUUAUAAACUGUGGUUGUUUUUGCAGAAGGGGAGACGUUGUUCAAGAGCGGCUGGGUCAAAAGCAGUUCUGUGUGGCGGCGACCGGGAUUAGAGGAGGCGGUGGAGGGGGCGUGCGCCAUCAGGGACACCUUCCUGUCCUCCAUUCCUGGAAAAAAUUCUACUCAGUACGACCUGACCAUCGCCAUCGAACCCGGACUGCUGUUUGAACUCAUGGAGGUAUUUAGAUGAUGUACUGUUACUUGGAAGUCUAUCUGAAGGGAUUUUACUCGUAUGCAGACUCACCAACUCCUGUGUUUGAAUUUCAGUCUCUCCAGGAAGAGCCGUCCUCUACCUCCUCUCAACUGGCUGAACUGAUGAUGGUGGCGCGGGUUAACCUGACCAGUAAGCUGCCCAGAGACCUGCCACAUGACGCCGUGUUGAGCCACGGGACCUUUCUCAUCAACCUGGAGGGUGAGGGAACUUUUGACGUACCAUUCAAAUGUUGUAUUACUGAGUGAACUUCAUGCUCAGUGUGUGUGUGUGUGUGUGUCCUUCAGGCGGCGUUAUCCGAGAGGACAGUGCCUACAGUAUAGCUGUAGUUCCCACCUCUGCGUCCCGCUGCCCGAGAUGCCGACGCUACACCUCCGAGUCAGCUGACUGCCUGUGCCCUCGUUGCCAGACUGUUGUCUCUCUGGCUCAGUGACAUAUGACAAAGAAUGUGUCGCCAUGACAGCCAGGAAACACCACCUGGGCCUGAGUAUUGACCUGGUUUUCCCAUCCCAGCCUUUAUGAACUGAGUGUUAUUGUUGCCUCACUGCAGUUUUCUCUCAUUUUGGCACAGCGCUUGCAUCAUCAGAGAACGGCUUUAAAAGCAUAAACACAAACGUUGCCUGACUCCACUGUUCUCACACACCUGGACUCCAGAGCAGCAGGUGAAACCGGAGAAGCUGAACAUGUCAAAGAUGGCCACUGUCACCUUCCUGUGGUCUGAAUCUUGCAUUUGAAUCUGUCACUGCACAAGCUGGUUUACUGUAAAUAUACUUGGAAAGUCAUGAUGGAGGAUUUUGUUUGUUUAUUGAAAAGAAAUUUACUACUAUGAGUGUCACUGUGUGACGAAAGUAAAGAAUUGGUUGCGGGUUCUGUCUUUGUAAAAUCAGUAAAUAUACCCUGUUCCUCUUUAAUUUUACCCUUGAAUAAAUGCUGUAUGAAAACAUUGUACCUAAAUUAUAAAUAAAAGUCAGGGCUUAAAACAAGGAAAUGUGUGUGCCUGAAAUGUAGAGCAAGGACAGUUUAUGUGCCUGACAGUUUUUUAGGGGUGAGGAGAAAGAACAGAGGUACAGAUUGAAUAAGUGAAUGUAUAACAAAGGAACAUGUUUAUUAUUUUAACUAAUAGAAGUGAAAAUGAACAUACAAAUAUAAAUCGGUUAUGACAAAUUUUGCACAUUAUCCAAAAUAAACAAAAAAGAAUAGGCACGG